UUCGUUGGAUGUUGUUUCGUAUGAGUAUUAUCUGGGUAUUUCAAUGAUGAUUAAAAUUUGCGUUUUAUUUUUGUUGAGUUCUGCGACUAUUUCGUGCGCUUCACCACAUGUGGAUACGGGACGAUCUUCAAAGGUUUUGUCUAGAAGAAAACGUUACAUCGCUUUCCCUGAAGGAUCUUCUUUUUCCUGCGCGGGAUGCAUGACGGUCGGUGUUAUAGGCCAACCGUCACCAUCCUCAUCACCUGGCACCUUCACAUUUGGCCUCAACUGGGGUAUCGCAUAUGAGUUACCAAAUACAACAGAAACUGCAGCGUUCUUCCGCAAAAAGCAAAGGAAGCCUGCCGCUUUGAGGAGGAACCGACGCGAGCUGUACCAGAAACUAGAAGUUAUCAUGGAUAAAAUGGGUUAUAACGGUCGCAGUUGUAUUUUGAAAACGUUAUGUGAAACAACACAGAGGAUAGUGCCACAUGGAGAGAACAUGAUAGAAGAAAUGUUUAGAGCAUUAUUUACUUUACCAAUGUCAAAAGUGCUUUCAACGGAGCCAAUAGAGCACGCUGUUUACGACUCAGCGCAUCGACUAGGAGUGCUGCUGCAAAACUGCGACAUCUACGAAUGCCCUAUAUCCUUAGUGGACUUAGCUCAAGGUUAUUAUAACGCUCCAGCGCCGAAAGUGGAUACAGGGUUAAAUCCGUGGUCCCUUUUCAGUAGUAGUUUUAUUUAAACAGAAGUCUAGAAUUUGGUUUAUAUAGUAAUCUAGGAUAACUUUGAGGGUUGAUGGAGUAAUUGUUACAAUGGCUCCUGAUAUCGAUUUCGUCGUAUCCAUUAUUUCAUUAAAGAGUAACGCGAUCACGGACAACUAAAUGCAAAAUUAAUGGGAGUUUUCAAAAUUACAAUUAUUGAAUUUUCUGAUCACUGUGUUAUUGUA